CUUCUUCUUCUUCUUCAUCAUCCUCACAAUAAUCCCCAAUCCAAAAAACUUUAACCCCCCCUUUGGCUUUGGCCCCCUUUCAAUACCUUUGUCGGUACUCUCAGACUAUGACCUCGAACCCCACACUUCCCCCAUUCUCCUCCAAAUCAUAGCCCUACACGUACCCUUUUCUUCAAGAUCAAUCCCCAUAAAACUUGCCGCCCAAGAACUUAACCACAAACCCAAUGCACACACUGCCCUUCAUCAAUUCAACUUGAACUGAGCAAAACAGAGCAGAGUUGCAAGUGGGGGACAAGAAAAAACUUUCUCUGCCUAAACCGCUUUCAUAGACUGUGUUUCUACAGUGACUACUGUCAAAAAUCUUAUCGUACAAAGUUAAAAAAGAGAUAAACCAACCGGCCCCCCACCCCCUUCUUCUUCCCGUCUCUCCAUCAUCGCCCUCUUCUUCAGCAGGAGCAGAGUAGAAGUAGAACCGUCCUCUCUUGGGAUCUUUGUACUAUUUUUUCUUUUCUUUUCUGACCCUUUUGAGUACGUUAAAGAUAGGUACAGUUUUCUGGGCCAACCCUUCUGUGUGUAUUUAUAUCCUGAAUCGAGCCACCCCCCCACAUUGUUUCCUUUUGUCUGCACCCUAUUUUAAUGGAGAAAAUGAUGGUUAUCGAUCUGGGUUUUGUUUUAUUGGAGAUGGAAAGAAGGAAGAAGCUGCAGCAGCGUCAAGGGGUUAGCUAGUGUUUUUAUUUUUUUGUUUUUUUUUUAAACUUGCUGGGUCGUUUUUUUCUCUUUGUCGUUAUUCAUUUUAGAGAGAGAGUGUGUGUGGGAAAGGGGAAUAAAGGGAAAAUAAGAUAGAAACUUCUUUUGCUUGCCCCCAUUGGAUUCCCACUUUGGUUUUGUGUAUAUAUUUGUUUUGGGUUUUCUUUUUGGGGUUUCAAUAAUCUUGAAGAAGAGAAAGAGAAGAAAUGGCGAAUCGAUGGUGGGCUGAAAACAUACCCACCACCACAGAUAGCAGCACCAGCAACCCUUAUUCGACUCCAUUAAAGCAAAGCUUAGAAGCUGCUGAUGAAGAGAACAACUCCGGUAGCCAUGAAAGAGCCGAACCAGGCACCAGUUCAAGCACGCGCCGCCCUCGUGGCCGGCCGCCGGGAUCUAAGAACAAGCCGAAACCACCGGUGGUGGUCACUAAGGAGAGCCCCGAUGCCCUUCGGAGCCACGUUUUGGAAAUUGGUAGCGGCAGCGACAUCGUCGAAAGCAUCUCGAACUUUGCCCAGCGCCGGCAGCGAGGAGUUUCGGUUCUCAGUGGAAAUGGGGUUGUUGCCAACGUUACUCUCCGGCAUCCGGGUGCCUCUGGCGGUGUUAUUACGCUACAGGGUCGAUUUGAUAUAUUGUCGCUCUCGGGUGCUUUUUUGCCUGCCCCAGCUCCACCGGGUGCUACUGGAUUAACUGUCUACUUGGCUGGCGGGCAGGGGCAGGUGGUUGGCGGCAUUGUCGUUGGUGCACUCGUGGCAACCGGUCCAGUUAUUGUAAUAGCUGCCACUUUCACCAAUGCGACAUUUGAGCGGCUGCCGCUCGAGGACGAGGAGGUUGCCGCAGGAGAUAAGUCUGGAACUAGCCAGAACAAUUCAACAUCUCAGAGCAUGGGGGAGCAACAGCAACAGCCGCCAUCAAUGGGAGUUUACAAUAUGGCUCCAAAUUUGGUGGCAAAUGGUCAGGUUUCUUCACAUGAUAUGAUUUGGAGUCUUCCUAGAGCCCCACCUCCGUUUUAAGAGAUUAGAGGGGGAGAGUAAGAGAAAGAAGAGGGAUAAGUAGGUGCUAGUUUUGUUUGAACUUUGAACCCAUCAAAUUUCUUUUUCUGCUAAACAUCUUGUCUAAUUAUCAUAUAUAUAUCAAGUUGAGCUGGUAGGGAUUUUGUCUGUUUAUACUUUGGUUUUCUUUUCUUUUUUCUUGUUGAAACUCAUUUCUCUUUUGUAAUGUUGUGUUGUGUCAUAUGAAAAUAACUAUGAUCAUAUGGGGUUUUUUCUUUC